AUGCCGAAGAACGGAAAUUCACAGCUCAAGCCUUCCCCUAGCCCCUCCGGGCACUCUCGCGAGGUCAAUGCGGUCGAGAAAACGAUCAUGUACCAGAUUAUGACCUUGCUGGAGCUGAGCAUACACCUUCUCUUCGUCUUUGAUGGCCCAGAUCGCUACAGCCAAUACGAACCUAAUCCAAACCCAAUCAAGCCGGAAAGGAUACGUUUGCUCAAAGACAUGUUAAACAAUCUGGGCGUCCCUUUCCAUCAGGCACCUGCGGAAGCAGCACCCACGUGUGUCAAGCUCCAACAGCUAGGUGUCGUCGAUGCCGUUUGGACGCACCACAGCGUAGCUCUCACGUGUGGAUGCCGAGAGAUUGUCAUGUUCAAAGAGCAGCACCGACACUGGAAGGGUGCAGGGUUAAGUAACGAGUUCGCUACCAAGCACGAUGCUCCGGCUUUGCUGCAACAGUGGGAUCUCGACCAGCCAAGCCUCAUACUAGGGCUCCUGCUCGGAGGAUGCGAAUAUUCAAGAGGCCUUCCGGGAGUCAACUAUGAGGCUGCCCUCGAAAUUGCCCGGAAAGCCAAGCAGCUGGCUGGAACCAUGUGCAAUGUCUUCAGUGAUGAUGGGAACAGAUUGGAGAGGAACAAAUGGUUAGUCAUAUUUCAGUUCGAGAACUCGAGAAGCCGACAACGCUGA